UGGUUUGGGGGAGGGAGCCCAAGCUGAAACUUACAGGCACCUUUUUUUCUCUUGAAUUUGAAACCACAGGGGCCCAGUAACAAGAUAUUUGCCUAUGUAAACUCACCCCAAAAUAGCCAGAUAAACGAAGCCUGCCAGCUUGGGGGGUCGUCUAAAUAUUCAAACCCCAGCCUUGUCAAGGAACUCCUUUCAAAUUCCUUGGCAUCUUACUAAUAUUACAGGUAUCUCAGCACUCAUACUCUAACCGGCAUGGAAAUAUGGUUAAAAAAAAAAAAAGUUGCUCUAAAUGGAAUCACUCCAUCAAAUGCCAGGGUAAGGGCCAAGGCCAAGUGUGAUACCGGGCAGACGAUUGAAUGCUUCCUCUAGUUAGCAAGAUCGCAUCGCAAGACUCCCAGAUCGGCUGGCCUCUCGGCACCAGAGGAGGGAGGCUGAGAGUGAGGCGGUGGGAGACUGGAGUGCCUUUUGUCCUGGCGUUGCAGAAGUGCAUUCACCAUGAUAGCACCAAAUGAAAGUCGGAGGAAUCAUAUACAAAGAAUUGCUGAGCAGGAGUUGGCUAACCUGGAGAAGUGGAAAGAACAGAAUAGAGCUAAACCAGUUCACCUGGUGCCCAGAAGGCUAGGCGGAAGCCUACCGGAAACUGAAGUCAGGCAGAAACAACAACUCCAACUGAUGCAAUCUAAAUACCAGCAAAAGCUAAAAAGAGAAGAAUCUGUAAGAAUCAAGAAGGAAGCUGAAGAAGCUGAAUUCCAGAAAAUGAAGGCGAUUCAGAGAGAAAAGAGCAAUAAAUUGGAGGAGAAGAAAAGAUUUCAAGAAAAUCUCAGAAGAGAAACAUUUAGAGAGCAUCACCAAAACAAAACCACUGAGUUCUUGAGCAGACUGAACUCAGAGUUGCCAAACAACAGUGCCUGUCCCACUGCUCUUCCUGGCCCACGAUCCUCAACAUGGGCCAGAAGCCAGGCUUAUAAGGAUUCACUAAAGGAGGAAGAAAACCAAAAAUUGCAAAAGAUGAAGGAGGAACAACGUUGGAAGAGUGAAUUACUGAAACUUAAGCAGCAACAGCAGGAGGAAGAACGUGCCCGCAUCCACCGGAUUGAACAGAGGAGGGUAAAUAAUGCUUUCCUGGACCGACUCCAACGCAGAAGUCAGCCAGGUGGCCUCCAACAGUCUGGAGGCUAUUGGAAUAUGAAUAGUGGCAACAGCUGGGGUAUAUGAGAGAUAUUUGCUUCUAUUUGUCCUUCACGAGCUGGCCUUGAAAAACCUCAUGAGAUGCUUUUCAUAAAAGUGAUUUUGUUCAGCCUGACUGUUUUUACCUCGCCUUCAACUGCCCACCCACUCAUCUAAGCAGUGGGGAUGGCCGAUUUCUCUCUGUCAUUAUUCAUGUUUGCAGGAGCUGAUUACUGAACUCAUAUUUAAUCUCUACUGCCCACGAAAUGUUACAUUAUUUUUUCCAAUUGGUUUUGCCUCUUAUUAGAAGUAUAAUUAGAGCAAUGUUAGUAAGAUUUAAAAAAGAGGAAAUUAUUUGAUUCUAUCAGGUUAGUGAGAGCUGUGGGUGCUGCAGGCUUGUCUCUCUAAGCGACUAAUUCAUAUCUACUUCUCAGAUCAGGUUUGGGGAAACUCUGGGGCCUUUUCUUUUAAAUCCUACUUUUUAAAUCCAGGCUACAAAUAUGAACAAAAGAAAAAAAAUUGUAUAUUCUUUUAAACAAAUGUAUGAAUAAAUUUUG